UCCGGCCAGUUUGUCAGUUGAAAAACAAUAUUGAGAAAGGCAGAUUUUAAGUGUUUACUGAUUUAUGUUGCUGUGAUGGACCUAAUUUCCAUCAAUUAGACGAACAGAAUUAUCAGGAAAUAUGAAAUUUCAAGUGACAUUAGUUUUGGCAGUUUUAUUUUUGGGAUUAACAUGUUUACACGAAGUUGUUGAUGCAGCUUCAACACCACUAAAAACUCCCCAACCAAAAGCUGACCAGCAGGACCAUGAUGAAAUAAAUGAUAUUAAACUUCUUUGGCAAAACAGUACCUUUCCAAAUGACACCGAGACCAACACCACCAGCACCUCUACAACUCUUACACCAACCAAGGCUCCCACCAAACCAGUGGGACCAGAACUACCAGAAAAAGGGGCUGCUGAACAAGAGCACCAUAGUAGUAUGACCAUAUUUUUCAUCCUUUUGGUUGUAGCAAUUUGUAUUAUGGUUACACAUGGACUGAUUCAGACAAAGUUCCACUAUCUACCAGAAAGUAUAGCUGUAGUUCUCAUAGGUGCAUUAAUUGGUGUUGGUAUAAAAAUAUUGAAGAUUGGAAAUUGGCAGAAUGAAGAAGCCUUUCCUCCUACAGUAUUCUUCAUUGUUUUACUCCCACCAAUCAUAUUUGAGUCUGGUUAUAAUUUACAUAAGGGUAACUUUUUCCAGAAUAUAGGAUCUAUAUUAUUGUUUGCUAUAUUUGGUACUGUUAUCUCAGCCUUGAUUGUUGGAGGUGGACUAUACUUACUAGGGAAGGCUGGUCUUGUGUAUGAGUUUGAUAUAGUAGAAAGUUUUGCCUUUGGAUCUCUGAUCUCAGCGGUUGACCCUGUUGCCACUUUAGCCAUCUUCAAAGCUUUAAAUGUUGACCAGAUAUUAUACAUGUUGGUAUUUGGAGAGAGUGUCCUGAAUGAUGCUGUAGCCAUUGUAUUGACCACGACGAUUUUGGAGUAUAAUAAACCAGAUGUUGUCAUCACCAGUGGAGCUUCAGCAUUUUUUGGAGCAGUUGGAAGGUUUUGUGUUAUGUUUUUUGCAUCAUCUGCCAUAGGAGUUUUACUUGGUUUAAUAAGUGCCCUGUUAUUGAAACAUUUUGAUCUGAGAAAAACACCUUCAUUAGAGUUUGGUUUAAUGCUCACAUUUUCAUAUCUCCCAUAUGGGUUAGCAGAGGGAUUACAUUUAUCAGGUAUCAUGGCCAUUUUAUUUUGUGGUAUUGUGAUGUCUCAUUAUACUCAUUCAAAUCUGUCACCAGUCACACAGAUCACUACACAGAUGACAUUUAGAACUAUUUCAUUUAUAGCAGAAACCUGUGUAUUUGCCUAUCUUGGAUUAGCCAUAUUUAGUUUUAAUGGUUUAAUAGUCAAACCAGCUCUAGUCAUAUGGGGUAUUGCACUUGUACUAAUAGGAAGAGCUUUCAACAUAUUUCCAUUAACAUUUCUAGCUAACUUCUUCAGAGAACAUAAGAUUACUCGUAAAAAUCAAUUUAUAAUGUGGUUUAGUGGUUUACGAGGUGCUGUUGCAUUUGCCUUAUGUUUACAUUUAGAAUUUUCUAAGGAAGAUAAAGAGAAAAGAUACAUUUUAGUGACAACCACUUUAAUCAUAGUUUUAUUUACCACUAUGUUUCUUGGUGGAGCUACAAUGCCUUUAAUGAAGCUUUUAGAUGCCACAGCAAAAACAAAGAAGAAGAAGAAAUCUGGCAAAGAGGUUUCUCUCAGUAAAACUAAGGAAAUGGGAGAAACAGUAGAUACUGACCAUUUAUCAGAGUUAACAGAAGAGGAAUAUGAAAUCCAUUAUUUAAAACCAAACCAGAAAGGCUUUCUAAAGUUUGAUGCUAAAUAUCUUGUGCCAUUUUUUACAAGGAGAUUUACUAAACAGGAAGUAAGAGAAGGACAAACACAGAUGAACUAUCUGACAAAUCAGUGGUUUAAAGAUGUGAAGAAAGUAGCUCCUACAAUGUCUGACUCAGAAUCUGAAGAUGAAGUGGAGACUAGCCUCAUUGACAAUGAAGUGACUAAUAACUGAUCAGCAGUAAAUUGCUCAAAUGAAACUUGUAUUUGUUCAGUCAUUGUAGUAUUUAUUGAAUUU